AUGGCUUCCUCGCAGCCUGAUUCGCCGUCCGAUUCUGAGCCUGAAGCUAUUCCCGAGUCCCCACCGGCGCUGCCAAGCCUUCAUAACGCUCCGCCAAGCCUUCAAAACACCGCGCCAAGCCUCUAUAUCCUCCCCCUACCUCCUCUCGAUACGCAUUACGAUACGCCAGAGCAAGGAAUCAGCGCGAUCAAUGCCUUCGGCCGCGCGCAUGGCUAUGCAGUCGCUAUCCUCCGCUCAAAAAUUACAAAAAGGGGCGUCAAAAAGACCGUCCGUCUAUGCUGUGACCGGAGUAGAAGAGUACGGCCUGAUGACGGCCCCGACGGCCCUACGCGGAAGCGGCAGACCACCUCGCUGGCGAUUGAAUGCCCGUUUUUGAUCUCGCUACGGCUUCAAGAAGGCCGAUGGAACCUUACGGUAGAGAACCAACACCAUAACCAUGAGCCCUCGCCUCCUCUUACUCAUGCACCUCACCGGAUGAAGGAAUUGAAUACGAAGGCGUCGAAUAUUGAGAAGCAGCUUGAGCAGGGUCUUUCUACCCGUCAUAUUCUCACUAGUAUUCGAAAGGACGAUCAGGAUUCCUGCCUUAUAGCCCGGGAUAUCUACAACUUCCGGAGGAAGCUUCACAUGGAAUUCCUUGCUGGUCGUACGCCGCUUUAA